CGAGCACCUAUCGCGCAGCAGAGGAGCUACAAGAUGGCGCAAGCAAUAUUUGAAGUGCUUGAAGGCAUGGACAACCAGACAGUGUUGGCAGUCCAGUCUCUGCUGGAUGGCCAAGGUGGAGUUCCCGACCCAAACAGCCAGAACGUUUCUGGGACGUCCACGAUCCAGUCUAUGGAUGACGAAGAUGUGUUCCUGUGUGGGAAGUGUAAGAAACAGUUCAAUUCUCUGCCAGCCUUCAUGACACACAAGAGGGAGCAGUGCCAGUCCAGCGUCCCCUCCCUGUCCACAGUGUCCUUGGCCUCCACCAAUGCCUACACACCGGUUCCCUCAAUCAGCUCUGGACCACAAACUCCCGCCAACAGACAGGUAUCCACCUACAUCACAGUCCCUCCCUCCCCUCUGACACACACUCUGGUCCAAGGCAACGUGCUGGUCAGUGACGAUGUUCUGAUGUCGGCUAUCUCAGCCUUCACCUCCAUCGACCAGCCUAUGGCCACCAUGCAGACGCCUAUACAGAGUAACCUGAGCAUGCACACAGCUGGUGUGUCAUACCUGCAGCACCAUCACCACCACCACCAUCAUCACCAUCAUCAUCAGCAGCAGCAGCAGCAGCAGCAGCAGCAGUCCUCCCACCCCCUGCCCUCCAGCCAGACACCGGCCCACCCCCUGCCAGCUGGACAGCCCGCCCAGCAGCCGCUCACCUCACAGGUCCCAGCGAGCCACAGCAACUCAGUGGUCCAGGUGUACAGCACGCUGCCCCAUAUGGCCGGGGGUGGUGGUGCAGAGAUCCACACGUUGGGUCUGCAGCCUUUCCAUCCUGUACAAGUGCCCAGUCAGUGUGUGGAGAGCCAGUCAUUCACCACCCCUCCUGUCUACAGCCCUGGGAAGCAGGGCACCAAAACAAAGACCUGCAGCAUCACCACCAACCUGACGGAGCUGGGCGACUUCGAAAAGGUCAUCAUUCCCAAAAGGUCGAGGAGUAGCAAGAAAAGCUCAGAUGGAGCCACAGCAGAGCAGCUGAAAGGAAAAGUUCCGAAGCUGAAGUGUAAUUUCUGUGACAAAAUCUUCUCCAAAAACUUUGAUCUUCAGCAGCACAUUAGAAGUCACACUGGAGAGAAACCGUUUCAAUGCAUCGUCUGCGGCCGAGCUUUUGCCCAAAAGUCCAACGUGAAGAAACACAUGCAGACGCACAAGGUGUGGCCUAUGGGUGUGGCCAGCACAGUGUCCAGGUUACCAAUCACAGUCAAGGUGAUACCAGUGUCCUCCAAUGAGGAGGAAGGGGGUGGGGAGCAGCAGCAGCAAGGUGAACCAGAGGAGGAGGGGUCACAGCAGCAGAACUGUCAAACACAAACUGAAGAAGAGGUAGUUCAAACAGAAGCUCCAGGGGAGUUGGAGGAGAGUGCGGCUGAGGCUCGGGCUGACCAGGAAGGCAGCCAUGGUGAAGCCACACAGAACGGGCAUCCUCAGGUACAGAUGCAGGUGCAGUCCAACCAGGACCAACAGUGCCAAGCUCAGACCAAACAGAUAGUUGUAAUCGACAGCUCCUACCAGUGCCAGUUCUGUGCCAGCAAGUUUAAGACCUACUUCCAGCUCAAGUCUCAUCUGACUCAGCACAAAGGGGAGCAGGUUUACAAAUGUGUGUUGAAGUCCUGCUCCCAGACCUUCCAGAAGUUGGAUCAGUUCCUGGAGCACAUCAGGACGCACCAAGAGCAGCUGACCUACCGCUGCCACCUCUGCAGCAAGGUGUUCCCCUCACUGUUUGAACUGGGAGUCCACCAGUACUCCCACUGCUUCUGCCCACAACAGAACACACGCAAGGAAACCACCAUAUACAGAUGUGUAAAGUGUCAAAGCAGAUAUUCCACCCAGGAGGCACUGGAACAACAUCUACAGACCGCCUCGCACAACUUUCCCUGCCCACACUGUCAAAAGGUUUUCCCAUGUGAAAGGUACUUCAGACGCCACCUCCCCACUCACGGCGUUGGAGGGAGAUUCAAGUGUCAGAUCUGCAAGAAAGCCUUCAAGACCGAGCACUACCUCAAACUGCACACGCGUAUUCACUCAGGUGAAAAGCCAUACAAAUGCUCCCUCUGUGAGGCGACGUUCAACAGGAAGGACAAAGUGAAGCGACACAUGCUCAUCCAUGAACCCUUCAAGAAAUACAAGUGCCCCUUUAGGACACAUGUAGGCUGCACCAAAGAAUUCAACAGACCAGACAAACUCAAGGCCCACAUCCUCUCACAUUCUGGUAUCAAACCCUACAAGUGUCUAUUUUGUCAGAAGGCGUUCAGCCGCAGGGCCCACAUGCUCGAGCAUCAGCAGUCCCACACAGAUAACUACCGCUUCAGAUGUUCCACCUGCAACAAGGGAUUCACCAGACAGAGCUAUUACAGAGAUCACAAAUGUCCUGCAGCAGGGGACGGGACAGGAACUGAAGGAGGGACUGGGGAGGCAGAGGGAGACGAGAUCGUGGGAGAGGUGAUGGCAAAGGAGAAGGAUGGAGAGGAUGACGGGAGGAGGAGCAGGUUCUUGAGAAAAGAAAAAAGGCCAGGGACAGGGGGAGACGACGGAGAAAAGGACGCCAGCUCAAAGGGCAGUCAAGAGCAGGUGGACACGCACGGGGAGGACGAGGAGGACGAGGAAGAAGAGGAGGAGGACGAGGAGGAGGAAGGAGAUGGGAGGAGGACUGAUGAGGGUUGUCAGGCUGCAAUGACUAUCACCAGCAUUGAAGGGCAGGCGGACAGAGAAGAGGAGGAUGAUGGGAUGGAACAUGGUGGCGUGGCACUGGAGCAGAUUCAGAGCAAUGACCAGAGCUGUUUGCAGCAGCCAUGUUUGUAGUUUGAAGCAUCACUUCCUGGACAUGGACCAAACAAACGAAGCUAUUCUUUAUUUAAAAAAGUCAGGGAAAUUAUUUAUUUGUUUUAAAUUAAAACGUUAUUUAAAUUAUACACACUGCUUUUACUUCUGUUACUGUAAAUUAAGUACAGUAUGUUUCCUGGUAGAUCUAUAUUGCCAAAAUAACCAGUGGAGAAUUUACAUGUUUUUGUGGACAAAUUUUGUGCAAGUUCAGCCACCGUGGUUCAAUUAAAAUGUCAUAAUGUCAAACUCAAUGGCAUCAAUCAUUCAUUUUCGUAACAGCUUAUCCUCUUGAGGGUCGCGGGGGGGCUGGAGCCUAUCCCAGUUUACACUGGGUGAAAGGUGGGGUACACCCUGGACAGGUCGCCAGACUAUCACAGGGCUGACACAUAGAGACAGACAACCAUUCACACCUAUGGGCAAUUUAGAGUCACUGAUUAUCCUAACCUGCAUGUCUUUGGACUGUGGGAGGAAGCUGGAGUACCCGGAGAAAACCCACGAUGACAUGGGAAGAACAGGCAAACCCUACUGUGUUUGAUCCAGGAACCUGGUUGCUGUGAGGUGAAACAUACCCACUAACAGGAGCCCACAUUGGCCAAUGCUGUCAUUACAUCAAAGAGGUUGGGUAUGUUGUCGCAAACCAAUGGCAUGGAAGCUGUAAUGCUCUAAAAGUCAGAAAUGUACUUGUUCACAGGGCAUUUUCUGUUGUUUAAAUGUACAGUUAAUGCACUAAGACGUUAUAUUUUUACCUGUUCAGACGAACAAAUUUGAGUUCUCAAUACAAACAUCAAAAUAGACAUUUAGAGCCCUUCGGUGUUCCAUAGACAAACACACACAAAAUAUGUCUCGUGGAAAAUGGGUUGACUAAAACAAAGUUCACCUGAGGACAGUUUAUUAAGUAAAGCAGCACAUUAUGCCCUAUAAUUAACGGUGUAUGUGGUGGUUCAGUAUGACUGAAAACAAAUUAAUACAUAAAUGAAUGCUGAAAUAAGUACAUGGUUAGGCUAUUAUCUUUAUAAAAUAUUUUUUUGUCACAUGAAGUCAUACAAAUAGCCUACAAUAUCAGUGAAAUGUAAUCCUAUAAGUUCCUUAAAUACGUGUGUGUGUGUUGUGUCAUUUUUACUCAUUUAAAAAACAAAGGAA